AUGGCUAAUUAUAUAUUUGCCUCGAACUCGACAACGGUUCAUUACAGUAACUCUGGCAGGACCAGAAAUAGUGUCGCUUUCGCCGCGCCUGUAUUGGUGGUUCUCGUUGUCAUGAUGGUGACUUUGGUUCUCUUAACGGUGUUGGGGAAUGCCCUGGUUAUUUUUGCCUUCAAGAUGGACAAAAGUCUGAGGAGACAAAGCAACUACUUUUUAUUAAACUUGGCCAUUUCGGAUUUCCUUGUCGGUGCCCUCUGUAUCCCUGUGUACAUUCCCUACAUCUUGACUGGCAAAUGGAUGUUGGGUAAAGGUAUCUGUAAGAUGUGGCUGGUUAUGGACUACAUGCUCUGCACUGCCUCUGUCUUCAAUAUUGUUCUCAUCAGCUACGAUCGCUUCUUGUCAGUUACUAGAGCGGUGUCGUACCGUGCCAGGCAAGGAAUGACCAACCAUGCCGUUGGCAAGAUGGCGGCAGUGUGGGUGCUGGCCUUCCUCCUUUAUGGUCCGGCGAUCCUGUUCUGGGAGUAUGUGUCCGGAGAGAGUCAUGUGCCAGAACACGAGUGCUUUGCUGAGUUCUACUAUUCCUGGUACUUCCUCCUCUGUGCAUCCACUCUUGAGUUCUUUUCUCCUUUCAUUUCCGUGGCCUUCUUCAACCUUAGCAUUUACCUCAGCAUCCGAAGGAGGAGGCUGCGCAGUAGACUUGACACUGGCUCUCCAAAACCUAAAGCCAUAGCCCCAGCUCAGGGGGAGAGGAGCCAUCUAAACUUUCUCUUAUGCCGAAAUUCUGUGAUGCCCCGCAAGAGGAUGGCUUGUGAAAAUGGAGAGAAAGAUGUGCGAUCUUGCUCCUCCCAAAUGUCUCCGUGCUCUGCUAGACGAAAUAAUAGCAUGUCAGUGAGAAGCACUCAGUACUCCCGUUUGUCACAGGAUAAGAAACUUGCCAAAUCUCUAGCAGUGAUUGUUUGUGUGUUUGCAGUGUGCUGGGCACCAUACACAUUGCUGAUGAUUAUCCGUGCAGCCUGCAGGGGGAACUGUGUAGAGCAUCACUGGUAUGAGGUAACAUUUUGGCUCUUGUGGCUGAACUCAGCCAUUAACCCAUUAUUAUACCCUCUAUGCCACAGGAGUUUCCGUCGUGCCUUUGCCAAGAUCCUGUGCCCAAGGCACAGGUCAACCCAGCCACCACCAGAUCCACCCUCACCUAACUAA